CGCUCUCCGGUAUAAAUUCUGCUGCGUUCUUCCCCCUCCUCCACCAUUUUGAGAUUACCUAACGACUGCCUGACUUCAACCAGCGUCUCGGUUCCUUUGUUUGAAAAUGAGCGACCAGCUUUGUAAACUCUUCGUCGGCGGACUCAACGUGGACACCGACAGCGAUGGCCUGCGCAAGCACUUCGAGCAGUACGGCACCCUGACCGACUGCGUGGUGGUGGUGAACAAGCAGCUGCAGAGGUCGCGCUGCUUCGGCUUUGUGACCUACUCCACGCCGGAGGAGGCCGACUGCGCCAUGGGGGCUAGGCCGCACACCGUCGACGGCAACACGGUCGAGGUGAAGCGCGCCGUGGCCAGGGAGGACGCCAACAAACCCGAGGCCCUCGCCAAGGUGAAGAAGAUCUUCGUCGGUGGCUUGAAAGACGACAUCGAGGAGGAGCACCUCAUGGACCAUUUCAGCCAGUACGGUGAGAUCGAGAAGGCCGAAGUCAUCUCCGACAAGGAGACCGGCAAGAAGAGGGGCUUCGGCUUCGUGUACUUCAACGAGCACGACGCGGCCGACAAGGCGGUCGUGGUGAAGUUUCACUCCAUCAAUGGACACAAAGUCGAGGUUAAGAAAGCCCUGACCAAGCAGGAGAUGCAGGCGUCCGGCAGAGGCGGCAUGGGGAUGGGGGGAGGACGGGGAAGGGGCAUGCGGUGUGGUCAAAAUGGCUACGGCAACAGGGAGUACGGCAACUACAACUAUGGAAAUGGCGGCGGGGGCUAUAAUGGCGGCGGCGGUGGCGGCUACGGAGGAGGAUACGGCGGAUAUGGCGGCGGCUAUGGAGACCAGGGAAGUGGUGGAUAUGGUGGUGGAAACGGCUACAACGAUUUUGGAAGCGGCUAUGGGCAGCACACCUCCGGCUACGGCCCAAUGAAGGGAGGGCCCUUCGGCAGCCAAAGGAGCGCGGCUCCCUACACCAGAGGAGGCGGCGGAGGUGGCGGCGGCGGUGGCUACCCGAGAGGAGGCUAUGGCGGCGGUGGCUACUAAACGAGACUGCACAAUGGAAACCCGACCACCCAUCCCCCACCUCAACCGACCUCCGGCCUAAACUCAAAUUCAGUUACGGGGCGUCUGUCGUGGAACCCAACCAUGGCAGAGAUAUGGACACAGAGACCCCCUCUAAUCAUAACGAAGACCCCAAACAGGUUGCUAUGGUAACCUGGGUACGAGGACAUCACCCCUGAAAACGACUGGGGUGUGUGUCUCCAUGCUGGCGGGGGGGACCAAGAGAGGCUGUGUCUUCUCCCCCUCAGGUGAAGUCAAUUUCACAACGGAUUCCAGUGUGUGGUCAAAAUGACUAUGAAUGCAGCGCACAGGGUUAUUGACCUGAGAAGUUUAGAUUUUGGGUGAAUUGAGCCUUCUCUGAUUUUUUAUUACUGCGAAUAUUACUUAAUAUAACUUCUCAUUUCAGGUUGUGGACAUUAGUGGAUUCCCUUUUUUAAAUGUUAUUUUUACUUUAACUUGCCUAAAUAGGUAUUACUCCAAGUGAAAUGAGAAAAGAAUCUUAUUGGUUUCAACAAACUAAAAGUAUAACCCGCAAAACCCAAAGUGUACUGGGUUAUUUGAAGAUACAUUGCAAAUUAUGUAAGUAUUAAAAUGAUUGUCCUCAGACGAUGCAGAUACACUCAAGAUAAGUUUUCAAAGUACAAUAAAUUAUGUCAACACACUAUUAAAUGUAUAUACUAAAUAUCUAUUGUUUCUUCAAGGUUGAGCAGAAAUAAAGUUGAAUGACGUUAUUGGUCAUAUCAGUUAAGAAGGAACAACUGUCAGCAGACCUGCUUCAAAAUGGGGAGCAAUGAUGGAAACUUGCCACUCUGAUUAAAUGCCCACCUUACUACUUGCAUGUCUGUUCACUUUGAAUAAAAAGUUAUACAAAAUUA